AUGAAACCAACCCGCGAUUCCACAGUUUCCGGACCCAGCCUCCGCGCGGCCCAUCACCAGGUCGGCUGGUACCUUGCCACCGAGUUCCUGACGGAGAUUCUUGAACUCGAGCAGUACCUGAUUCCUCAUGUUCAAGGUCACAUGGUCAUCGGCCACAAAUUCCUGGGCGAAGAUGAGACACUUAUCGUGGCUCUCAUGCGCGGCGGGGAGCCGAUGGCCAUGGGUAUCAGCGAGGCUAUGCCCAGAGCCAUGUUUCUCCACGCCAAGCAGCCGGAGGACAUGACCAAAGGUCACGUCGAAGGCAAGAAAGCUGUGUUUUUGGUGGACUCAGUGAUCAACAGUGGCAAGUCGGUCAAAGAGUUUGUGGACCAUGUUCGUGCGCUGGACAGUAGGAUUCGAAUCGCGGUGGUGGCUGGAGUUGUUCAGGAGAGAGCGAUUACGGAUGUGAUGAGGCCUCUCUCCAGAAUCGCUGAUCUGAGUCUUGUGGCGCUUCGUCUCUCUGAGAAAAAGUUCACUGGGCAGGGCGGCACGGAUACAGGAAACAGGCUGUUCAACACCACGAAUUUGGCAUGA